CGAAUGAUGGUUUCUGUUUUCGGCGUGUUGUGGCUGGUGUCGACGCUUCGCACUGCGCGGCGCCAGCGCGAGUACGAUAAGUGCAAGCGGAAGCUGAUGGAGAUCGAGCGCCAGCGGAGCCAGGCUCGUGCCAGCCAGUACCAGCAGACGUCUUGCCCCAUAUGUCUCGAGUCCUUCCAGGACACCGCGCAGCUCCAGGUCGAGGUGCUGGUCUGUGGGCACAGGUUCCACAAGGACUGCAUCUCCUCCUGGGAGGACCGCAGCGGGACCUGCCCCAUCUGCCGGCAGUCCACGACGGACCCGCUUGUCGACGCAGGUUCGUCGGCAUUCCCGGGCGGCCAGGGCAUCGCCCGCCACUCCCGGCCUGCCCGGGCUUCCUUCGACGACGAGUACCGCUUCCGCCUCAGGCGCGCCCGCCACUACUACCCGGGCUACGUCUCGGAGCCGAUGCUGGCCCGCUGGACGAGCCCCGGCUACUGCGGCCCGCUGGUGGCCGACACCACCUUCAUACGCAGCUCGCCCAACUACACGGCACCCGGCUCGUCCGACGGUGGCCGUGGCGGCGGCUCCAGCUUCGGCGGCGGGAGCAGCAGCGGCGGGGGCGGCGCCGGCGGCGGCUGGUGA